AUGACUAUGGUGACGGCCGGGCCAAAGUACCCGGCCCAGGGCCAUGUGACCUUUGAGGAUGUGGCUGUGUACUUCUCCCAGGAGGAGUGGGCGCUCCUUGACGAGGCUCAGAGACACCUGUACCGCACUGUGAUGCUGGAGAACUUGGCACUGAUAGCCUCCCUGGGUUGUUGGCAUGGGGUAAAAGCUGAGGAAGCUUUUUCUGAGCAAUGUGUUUUUAUGGAAAGAGUGUCACAGGCCAGGACUCCAGACCCAGGCCUGUCUGUCCCAAAGGCUCAUUCCUGCGAUGUGUGUGUCCGAGCGGAGAAAGACGUCUUGUACCUUGCUGAGCGUGAAGGAACAUGUGCUGGACUGAAACCAUGCACUUGUGGGCCUUGUGGAAAACUGUGCUCGUUUAGUUCUUACUUACACCAGCACCAGAAGCAGAACCAUGGAGAGAAGGACCUUGGAGGGGAGGAGAACGGGGCUUUGUUCAUGAAGAGCAAAGUCCUCACGUCAGACAAUAUUUUCACCUGUGGAGAGGUGGAGCAUUAUUCCCUGGGCAGCAUGGGCCUUCUCCAGCACCAGGCCAUCCCCAGCAGAGAGCAUCCACACAGAGGCAGAGGGAGCAGGGCAGUUUCUCACACUCGGCGACGGCAGCACAGCACACAUGGGCAAGCCUGCCACAAAAAGGUUAAAUUCAUGGAGCAGCAGAGUGCUCACAGUGGAGAAAGCCUUCAUAAGUGCAGUCAAUGUGAAAAAUCCUUCGUCUCCAAAAAAAGACUUCUUGAGCACCAGAGAAUCCACACUGGAGGAAAGCCUCAUGAGUGUAGCAAAUGUGGGAGGUUCUUUAAGUACAAAUCUAGUCUUAAUCAACACUGGAAAGUUCACACUGGAGAAAGGCCUCAUAAGUGCAGUGACUGCGGGAAGUCCUUCAUCUAUAAAAGCAGACUUCUUGAGCACCAGAGAAUCCAUACUAGAGAAAGGCCUUAUAAGUGCAGUGAAUGUGGGAAGUCUUUCAUCUAUAAAAAGAGACUUCUUGAGCACCAGAGAAUCCACACUGGAGAAAGGCUUUAUAAGUGCAGUGAAUGUGGGAAGUCUUUCUUCUACAAAAGAAUACUUAUAAGGCACCAGAGAAUCCACACUGGAGGAAAGCCUCAUGAGUGUAACGAAUGUGGGAAAUUCUUUAGACACAGACCCAACCUUGUUCAUCACCGGAAAGUUCACUCUAGAGAAAGGCCUUAUAAAUGCAGUGAAUGUGGGAAGUCCUUCAUCCAUAAAAGGAGACUUCUUGAGCACCAGAAAAUCCACACUGGAGAAAGGCCUUAUAAGUGCAAUGAAUGUGAAAAGUCCUUCUUCUACAAAAGAAUACUCCUUGAGCACCAGAGAAUCCAUACUGGAGAAAAGCCUUAUGAGUGUAACGAAUGUGGGAAGUUCUUGAGACACAAAUCUAGCCUUAAUCAUCACUGGAAAGUUCACACUGGAGAAAGGCCUCAUAAGUGCAGUGAAUGUGGGAAGUCCUUCAUCCAUAAAAAGAGACUUCUUGAACACCAGAGAAUCCACACUGGAGAAAGACUUUAUAAAUGCAGCGAAUGUGAAAAGUCCUUUGUCUACAAAAGCAGACUUCUUGAGCACCAGAGAAUUCACACUGGAGAAAAGCCUUUUGAGUGCAGCCAAUGUGGGAAGUUCUUCAGACACAGCUCCACCCUCCUUAAACACCAGAAAGUUCACAACGGAGAAGGCCAUCUCAGCGUGGUAAAUGUGGAAAUCUUACAUCCACAAAAAAAGAUUUGCACCAGAGAAUCCACAUCAGAGAAAAGUUUUAUGAAUGCAGCAAGUGUGGGUAAACCUUCAUAA